AUGGCUGCCGUUCGAGCAGCGAAAAAUCGGAACAAAUCCAGCCCGCAGCCGCCACAGCCUCCCGUGAGCCCAGCGCCAGGGACGCGGAAAAAGCCAAUCGCGGAAACAGCGAAACAACUUGGUCCAUCGGCAAGCAAUAAGCGUGGAAGUCCAGGCCGCCCGAAGAAGGACGCUGUGAAAAAAAAGGCUCAGGUUGUGCAAAGCACCCCACCGGUGAUUGAGGUUGACGACGAUAGCUCGGACGACGAUUCUGAUUCAUCUAGCGAGAGUAGCAGCUCAGAUGACGGCCGUGUGGAGUAUAUCGAAGACCCUCCGCACCCGCUUGAUACGCCUGGAGUGUACAAGACACUCGCGAAACAGCCGGGUGCGGCGAAAAAGGUUGGCCAAUUUAAAAACAGCACACAAGACGAGGAUGAGGACGACGUAGCGCUCAAGAGCCUGGCCUCGAGAAGGGCUACCUCUCGCGCGCAGAAACCGACAGAAUUAACUCAAGAGCAUCCCGAUGCAAAAGAAGAAGUCGGAGCCAGUGCGUUGCGUCAGAAGGCAUCACCGAAAGGAGAAGGAGAGGGAGAGAACAAGAAAAAAGUUGCGAAGAAGCCACCGGCAACGUCUGAUUCCAAAGCUGGAAACUCUUCGUCGAAACAGAGCUCGAAGGAUAGUAAAUCAAGUGGAAAGAAGGGAAAAGAUGUAGACGUCCCAAGUGGGGACGAUGGAGUCGGCGUCAAGGGUGGAGGGCAGAAAUCUCAACCGAAAGUACAAGCAGCACGUUCGAAGAAGGGGAACGCUACUAACAUAGCGCCAGGGCUAUCCUCAGCAACUCCUAGCGGAAGCAAAGAGAUCGAGGAGGGAAGUGAGUCCCGGUCCACUGAUGUGAAAGUACCGAAACGGCGAGGUCGAAAGCCGAAAAUAGCCGAAAAGGGCACCGCGCCAGAUGUGGAAAUGGUGGAUAUUGUUGAAGAAACAAAGGAAGUAUUGCGGAAACAAGCAAAAUCGACACGCGGAAAGGGCGGAGUAGGAAAGACAAAAUCAGAAGCCCCUGGACGACCAGGAAAAGUAGGUGCCGAGGAAAACAUGGGUGCAUCUUUAGACUUCUCCAGCCUUCCUGGUGUGCACCAGGAAAAGAAACCGUACUUGCGAAGAAGAACAAAGGGCAGCCCUACAAAUGAUGCAGUGAUGGCAGAAAAGCAAGUGUCUGAUCAGGAAACUGAAAGACUGGAAGAAAGGACGGAGGACAGUAAGGAUGGGCAGAAAGAGGUGCAAGGGCCUGCUUCUCGCGAUGCGAAAGCACCUGCGGCGGAGGGGAUUAUCAUUGGAAGCAAAGGUGAUGAUAGAGAUGCUGGUCCAAAGAGAGGGCAAAGCAAAAAGGUCGCGGCAGCAAAAGCACCCGCAUCACCCUCAACCAAGAAGCGUGGGGGAAAGGCGAAAACACGUGCGGCAGAACAGCCUGUUGGUGCAAGCAAAAGCGAUGACAGUGGUGCAGGUCCAGGGAAAGGGCAGCGCGAACAGGUUGAAGCUGUGAAAGCGCCCGCGUCACCCUCAACCAGGAGACGUGCAGGGCGAUUAGGUUCUAGAAAUAUUGAGCAGAAUGAUGGGGAAAGAAUCGAAGCCGUCUCUUCGCCGGGAAGAGGUGGCAGUGCGAAUGCAGCGGUGGAAAAAAAGGACUCCCCAGUUCGAAAGGGGCUAAGUGGAACUCCGAAACGAAAUGGUAGCUCCAUUGUCCUAGAAGGAAAAAGAGGGCGCACGUCUUCGGGCAGAUGGCUACCGCGAAAAGCCCCCAAGACGACCACCACCACAGCACAUGCCAAGACGGAGGAGACCGGAAGUCAAGGGAAUGGAGGAAGCAAAGAUGCAGGUGAAUUUGACCAAGACUUUUCCUUUUCCGCGCCUGAUCUCUCAUAUGAUAAGACAUUGGGUCUGGGGCCGGACGAGAAAGACGACGAGCCCAUGGAGACUUCAGACGGCCAUGACAAUACUGUCAGACAUCAAGAGGAAAAAGGAAUAGAUGCUACGAUCCCUGCGGAUCUUUACCCCGUAGAGAACGAGAAUGGCAGGGCAGAAGAGAAUGUCUCUAGUGACACGGCUAUGGAGGAGGCGCAAUCGCCGACGGAGACUAGGAACCAGAAUAGAGAGUAUGCAUCACAGCACCCUAUGGAUAGAGCUCCACGUGCUGCGAGGCGUGCUCAACCAAAGAUGGACCAGGGUAUCGCCAAACCCCAAACCACCGACAUUGUGGCGUCCCGUGAGUCUCAGCUCGGUGAUGCAGGUGGUGAAGAGGGCACAGCGCCGGUGCUGAACACCCUGCAGCAGACGGAGACUGAUAUUCCGCUCCCGGCCAUGACAGACAAAGAUGAACCUUUCCAGGCAAUGAUGCUCUGUCAGCAACUUCAGAGAAGUUACUGGGACUUUGCCGACACACAGGACGACAUGAUUGAUCGGUUUUUACGUCUCCUUCGAAGACGUUCGAACUUAAAUCGGUUGAGGUCUGGUAAUGAGCUACUCCAGGCUUGGGCAUCUCCAGAUGAACGGCAAUACCUCCGGCGGCAGAAGUGGUGCGCAGAAGUGAAUUUUGCCCGCGUAGAACUGCGUCGUAUGCAAGAACAUGCGUUGGAGGACUUUGCGCGAAAAGUGUCUGCUGCCCAAGAGUCGCAUGUCAACACUUUGGGAGAUUUUUUCUUGCGUACACCUCAGGGUGAGGCAGAUGAAGGAAUGCAUGACCUAAGUCCAGAAUCCGCAGACGCGCUGCGGAGGGCGAGUCUAGGAUUUGCUGAUAUCCACAAUGGCCACGCUCUCGGUCGUGGCAAAGAUUUGAUGGACUCGGACACUCCGCACGGUAAUGUGAGGUUCUCACUCCCUGCCGGAACUGCACGGCCCUCAAUUUCUAGCAAGCAUGUCAGGAGGCAGGCCGGGACACCACCGAUGUUCUCGUUUCCGGACGCCAGCAGGCAGACGCCACUACAUAACGCUCCCAGCUCAGAGGACCGCAAAGCAUACGACAGACCUAGGGGUAAGACGGUUCCCGGUCAUGGCAGCCGGAGUGCACGCGCGACCAGAAAGCGGAGGCCAGUUGACGUACAUCCUGCUUUAUCCGUAGAAAACGCCAGGUCCACCUCUUUCGGCGCGAGACAAUUGCUGGCAAAAGAUGCAACCCCUGGUAACGUUCUCCUAGACAGUCAAGAAGACGAAGCGCAGACCAAACGUGAUAAAGGCUCUGCGUUGGAUGUGCCAUUUUCGCAAGGCUCAUUACCAGUUGCACAAGAAAAUCGCGUGCAAAACGUCGGCAGCACUUCCGCGUCAUCCGAAGAUCUCCCACUGCAGCCGGUCGGAAAGAAUGGCGCUGGACUGGCACCUGCCAAGGUCAAGCGAAAGGAAAAAUCCCAACUGGCGCUUCAAGCCAAUCAACGCAGCAUCAAAAAAAGGGAAGAUGGGGACAUAGGAAACGGUGUACUAGAAACAGGGGCCAAAGCAGGCGGGUCAUUACGGGGAAAGCGUCAUAAUGAAGGAACGGCAGGACGAGAUGCAAAAGCGAAUCAAAAGGCGCCCAGACGAAGAAUGCCAUGGGGACUGGGCGAGAAGUCUGUGAUGCUCAGCGACAAUACAGCUGUGCAGAAGUGGAUAAGGAACGAUUUUGCCAACUUGGGCAAUGAUUUCAGGUCAAGGGCAAUUCUGAAAGUAUGUAAUCGAGCUGGAGGAAUAACAAGGGAGGAUCUCUAUGCCAUUCUUCCAUUUCGAAAACCAACAUUGAUGACCCGCGUCAAUGAUAUGAAAACCAGGGGCUUGUUGCAUGAAAAGCGUACCGCCAAUGCGUCCGAAACAGGAAACGAGGAUGCGACAACGAUCUAUACAACCCAAUAA